UUGAGUUCCUCGUUCGAGAAAACCACCGGCGCACAUCUUUUGCCGGUAAUCAGAUUCUCCACCGACGUGAGAAAAAUUCUCUGUAUUUCUUUCAAAUGGAACUGAGAUGUCUCUUUGACGGGUGUUUUCAUAAACACGAAUGGCGAAUAAACCUGAUCAUCAUCAUCUACAUCACAACUACCACCAAUCUUCUAGGAGACUGAUGCUUGUAUUGUAUCUCACUACUGUUCUUGGUAUUGGAUUCGUCGCAGCUUUUCUUUGUCUGUCUUCUUCUCAAUUCUCAUUCUCCAGCGUUUCUUCGAUCUGGGUUCCCGGAAACCAACCGGAGAUUCAAAUUCCGAGCAUCGAUUCCAGGAUUGUUCAAAAGAGAAGCAAACAAUCGAAUGAAACAAAAGAUCAUACCCGGUCCUUAUCGGCAACAUUCGCCGAUUUGCCGGCACCGGAAUUACAAUGGGAGCAAAUGCCAUCAGCUCCAGUUCCCCGACUUGAUGGAUACUCCGUACAAAUCAAAAACCUUUUGUACGUUUUCUCCGGCUACGGCAGUCUCGACUACGUUCAUUCUCAUGUAGAUGUGUUCAAUUUCACAGACAAUAAAUGGUGUGACAGAUUCGACACACCUAAAGAGAUGGCGAACUCGCACCUGGGGAUUGUGACGGAUGGACGAUAUGUGUAUGUGGUUUCAGGACAGUAUGGUCCUCAAUGCAGGGGACCCACUUCUCGUUCUUUUGUCUUAGACUCAACCACAAAGAAGUGGCUCGAGUUUCCUUCGCUACCAGCUCCAAGGUAUGCACCUGCGACACAGAUAUGGAGAGGGAGGCUUCAUGUGAUGGGAGGAAGCAAAGAGAAUCGCAACGCAGUUGCCAAUGACCAUUGGAGCAUAGCUGUGAAAGACGGAAAGGCUCUCGACGAAUGGAGAAAAGAGGUUCCAAUCCCUCGAGGUGGACCUCACAGGGCUUGUGUAGUUGCUAACGACAAGCUGCUUGUGAUCGGCGGUCAAGAAGGUGACUUCAUGGCCAAACCUAACUCAACAAUCUUCAAAUGCUCACGUAGACGCGAGAUCUUCAACGGAGAGGUCUACAUGCUAGACGAGGAGAUGAAGUGGAAAAUGUUGCCACCGAUGCCAAAGAACAAUUCCCACAUUGAAUCCGCGUGGGUCAUAGUUAAUAACUCGAUCGUUAUCGUCGGUGGAACCACGGAUUGGCAUCCAGUGACCAAAAGGCUUGUUCUUGUUGGAGAGAUUUUCAGGUUUCAGUUAGACACUUUGACGUGGUCUGUGAUCGGACGGUUACCGUACCGCGUCAAAACGGCGAUGGCCGGAUUCUGGAAUGGCUAUUUGUACUUUACGUCAGGGCAACGCGAUAGAGGACCGGACAAUCCACAGCCCGGGAAAGUUAUUGCAGAAAUGUGGAGAACUAAGCUGAAUUUUUUUUGAUGUUUUGUAGUUUUUUUUUUAUUCUUCUCGAGAUAAAAGACAAAUUUGAG